AUGGCCCGGGUUUCGCGAAACUUACGCGCCAGGAUGGGGGAGGGAGGGAAAAACGGGUGUCUCCCAUGUGUCGCUGGUGGCGCACAGAGCAGGCGGGAUGGCUGGCACGCGCCUGACUGCCUACCCGCUACCCCCCUUCUCUCCCUAUCACCCCACCCCCUCUCCCCCCGCACUUCCCCCUCAGGCGCCUCCCAGGUGUCGUUGGGGGCGCACAGAGCAGGCGAGGUGGCUGGAACGCGCCUGAUUGCCUACCCGCUACCCCCCUUCUCUCCCUAUCACCCCACCCUCUCUCCCCCCACACUUUCCCCUCAGGCGCCUCCCAGGCGCCACAUAGUUUAUAUGAUGUUUCCCUUUUUGUUCCCUUCCUUCUCUUACCUUUCCUCGCGAUAUUCUACCAAUGACAUAUCCUCCCUUCCCCCACUGCCAUAUCCUCCCUACCCCCACUGCCAUACCCUCCCUACCCCCACUGCCAUACCCUCCCUUCCCCCACUGCCAUACCCUCCCUACCCCCACUGCCAUACCCUCCCUUCCCCCACUGCCAUAUCCUCCCUUCCCCCACUGCCAUAUCCUCCCUACUCCCAUUUCCUGCCACAUUGUCCCUAUGCCCAAUGCCAUAUCCUCCCUAUGCCCAACGCCAUAUCAUUUCCCCCCCUGCUCCCUCUCAUUUCCCCCCCUUCUCCCUCUCAUUUCCCCCCCUUCUCCCUCUCAUUUCCCCCCCUUCUCCCUCUCAUUUCCCCAUCUUCUCCCUCUCAUUUUAACCCCUGCACCCUCUCAUUUCCUUCCCCAUCCCUCUCAUUUCCUUCCCCAUCCCUCUCAUUUCCUUCCCCAUCCCUCUCAUUUCCUUCCCCAUCCCUCUCAUUUCCUUCCCCAUCCCUCUCAUUUCCUUCCCCAUCCCUCUCAUUUCCUUCCCCAUCCCUCUCAUUUCCUUCCCCAUCCCUCUCAUUUCCUUCCCCAUCCCUCUCAUAUCCUUCCCCAUCCCUCUCAUUUCCUUCCCCAUCCCUCUCAUUUCCUUCCCCAUCCCUCUCAUUUCCUUCCCCAUCCCUCUCAUAUCCCCACCUGCUCCCACUCAUCUCCCAUCCCUCUGCUUCCCCGCAUUCCCCCCUAUGCUUCCUCUCUUUUUUACAAGUGCUUCCCCCCAGUUUCCCUCCUCUCCUUGGCCUCUGUCUCCCCCCUCAUUGCCCUCUGUUUCCCCCCUCCUUACCCUCUGUUUCCCACCUCCUUGCUCUCUGUUUCCCCUCUCCGGGCUCUCAGUUUCCCCAUUCAUGUGCCCCAUCGCCCUCCUGA